AUGCCUCAAACACCACCGGUAUCCACAUCCGCAGAGGAGGAGCCGAACAUUGAGCAGCCUGAGCAGGUUGAGGCUACCUCAACAGAAACCCCGAGCUCGUCAAAGGCACCUGCAGAGAGCAAAGAAAACGAUGGUGUGGCUAAAGCGCGUGAGAGGAUGGAAAGAUUCAAGGCCCUCAAGGCCCGAGCUAAAUCCGGCACGGAGCGCAACUUGAAAGAAACGGCCGCAGAGACACAACGCUUGGCUACCGACCCUGGACUUUUGAACUCGCUCUCCCGGAAGCACGCCUUUGCCUCUCACAAUCUACUCAAAGCAGACACCGAAGCGGCCGGCGAAGAUUUCGAACGGAAGCGCGCCUGGGACUGGACUGUCGACGAGUCAGAGAAAUGGGACAGACGUAUGGAGAAGAAACAGCGUCACCGUGACGAUGUCGCCUUCCAGGACUACACGCAAGAUGCUCGCAAGGUGUACAAACGACAGUUGCGUGAGCUGGCACCCGACCUCGAAGCAUAUGAGAAGGAGAAGCUGGCCGCUAUCGAGAAGGCAGCUGCCAACGGCGAUCUGGAAAUUGUUGAGAUGGAGGACGGCGAGAUGAUUGCGAUCGACAAGAAUGGAAGCUUCUACUCUACUGCGGAUAGUGUGGGCUUUGCCGACAACAAGCCUAAUCGCGCCAAUGUUGACAAGCUGGUUAAUGAUCUUCGCAAGGCGGAGGAGGUUCGCCUGAAGAAACGCAAAGAACGUCGUGGAGAUGAGGAGGCCGAUGUGACAUACAUCAACGAGAAGAACAAGCACUUCAACCAGAAACUGGCUCGGUUCUACAACAAGUACACAACCGAGAUUCGGGACAGCUUCGAACGUGGUACCAUGAUCUAA